ACGUGACCGCUGCGCAUCACGUGGCUCUCGAAGCGGCGUUUCCAGGACAGCAGUGUGAAUGUCAAACGAUGGUUUGGCCCCACAGGGUGAUCAUAGGACUGAGCCUGUUGGACAAGCUAUCAAAAACCAACUGACUGCCAAUUACUUCAAUUAAUAACAUAAUUCAGUGCCAUGGCAGUGUCGUCUAAUCACGAAUGGACCCAAAAGGUAGCAGCAUUCCAUGCCAAUCCAUCGCACUUUCUUGCAAGUACAACAGCUGAGAACUUUGUGCAUGAUUUGCUGAGAGUCCUUACCGAUGAGAAGAUGGGUGAAAAUAUCAAGGUGCAGAUCCUCGUCAUUCUUCAGGAGUUUCCAACUUUGUUGUUGGUCAGCUCGCAGUCAGCAGGAAGGGCAGUGGAGUCUGUCUUCAACCUCUAUUUGCGGUUGCCAUUGACGCCCAAGACACUGAAGUUGAAAUGCCAUCUGCUGCUCUCAGUGACCACCAUAGUAAUUGCCACUGAUGAUCUGCUGAGUGAUGAGCAGACACUGAAGAACUUGAUGAAGCAGCUGCUCGAUGUGGCGUGCGAUUCAAACGAUCACAGAAACGGCGUGACUUUCCGGCCUCUCAGGGCUGUGGUGUGCGACUGCCUCCGGGAAUUUGAAACUUGCUAUCCAGGUCUCCUGUCAGGGAAAUUGGAGCUUCUAUCUAGCCUCCAGAGAAGGGAGGUGACUCCUCUGCACCAGGCCUACACACUCCUGUACAGCCAGGUGUUGAAAAAUGCAAUUCACACAGUUGCACAGGUGCAUAAUGCUAGUGGGGGCACCAUCCGGGAGAUGUUGGAACGGAAUGAAGACAUCAAAUGGAAGGGGAGGGAGAAGCAGCAGGAGCUGGCAGCUGUCACAGUAACAACUAAUUUGUCAUUGUUUCCUUCUGCUGAUGAAACAAAGGAGCUGAAGUCUUGUGUAUCAUUACUGCUGGAGGAGUCCUUCCUCUUAACUCCAGCUUCUCAAGCUGUUUUGCUUCGGGAGUUGGCCCAGGUCGUUCUGAUGGUGCACUCACUUUCUCCAGCGAUGUUCAGGUCGCAGAUAUUGCGUCUGUUUGGGACGAUGGACGUGUCCUUGCUCCACACCAUGCUCUACAUGAAGGCAACCUUCACCGACAGUCUAUUCACUGUUGAGGAUGAGAACCUCCUUUUGAAACGUCUAGUUGGCAUGGCCCAGCACCCACUGCUCGGUGUUCCUAUCAAACUCUUCUACAUGGACUGUCUGCUUCACUUCCCUGAAAACCGCCCCCUUAGCUCUAACCUGCAAGAGAAUCUUCCCGUUCUGUUCACCUCGAGGAUGGCAAAUUGCCUAUUCCCCACCCUGUUUAAUGACAGCAGUACGAUGCUGGGCCGUCUCAACCUACUGAGUCUUGUGUGCCUGGAGAAUGGGGUGGAUGAAAGAGGCAUCGCUGAGAUCUUUGAUUACCUGAUGUCUUUAUACAAACUGGUAGACAUCAGUGGAAGCAGGGACAGGAUAGUAACCUUUUUCCAAGCGGUUUACAUAUUUGUGAGUCACUUCUAUACCAAUGAGGAGUAUAUGGCAGAGUUGACCAACCGUAUGGUCCAAUUGUAUGACAAGCAUUGCAGCUUAGCUCCACAUAUGAUCAACCUUAUAAGCAGCACCCAAAACCUGCUGGAAGAUUGUAAAUGGCCCGUUUCGCUAGCAGGGGCCCUGCAGAAGCUGAUCGUGGCACUGCCAUUACAGCAAUUGCCUCCUAAUCUCAUGUGGCAUCUUAAAGUCCUGGCGAGAGUGGCCAAAGAAGGCAGCAUCCCACAGAAAGGCACCGUUCAGUUCCUGCUGAUUGUCAUCCGGUCUUGCAACGUGUGUGGGAUGGGUGAGUGGCAAAUGGGUAAUGCCGUCCUGUCUGUGUGCAGAAACAUAUUGCACUGCCAGAACUUGGAGCCCAUCUUCAAGGAUCUUGCUGAUCUCUUGCAGCACCUUCACCUCUGGUUCCAAGACAUUGACAUUCAAGAUCACGCUCACUUCUAUUAUGCGCUGCUCACGUGUCUCUCCACUGACAAGCUGGCAGGGAUUGUGGCAGAGGGCUCGGGCAACUGCAGUUGCACCAAGAUCCGUUCCCUUUCUCUCAUGUCGGAGAGUGCCGGCUCCUCUGUCUCCGUUCUUCCAGUCAAAUAUCCAAUACUCCAACUUAUUCCAAUUCCAGAAAAUGCCUGUCCAACAGUCAGUCCUGCAGGAGAAGCCAGUGAACAGGACAUCGGGGAAGAUUACUUGGAAAAAUACUUGGGUCAGUUUUGUGAUCCUGGAUUUGCUUCUACAAUUACCUUGACAUUUCAUUUGGGUUUUGUGGAGAAAGUUGAUCCACAUUUUCACAAAAUCUUUACCAUACUUCUCCACUUUGACUUGCAGAGCUCUCACUAUGAGCCGUUGAGUGAUCUCCUCGUACCCUGUCUCCUCUUCAACAAAAAGCCCCAUGCUUUCUCUCUGGUGUUCAAGCCACGGUCACCGUUCCCUUUCACCUUGCAUACGAGCGCCAUUUUUACCACAGAGGACGGCGACACUUAUUGCAGUCAGAUCCAGCCUGUUGAUGUUGGGUUCCCGAGGCUGUUCCUGCCCCUUCCUGUGCCUCUCAGCUGGCCUCCAGAAGUUAAGGUUAGCCUCUUCACCAAGCUGUGGACAUCACUGAUCCAAAACGGAUCCAGCCAGUCCAUUCUCAGUCGUUUCUGCUUCAAGACGGCCCAAGGGCCUCUUUGCGAACUGAUACGCUUGCACUUUCAAAAGUAUGUGGUCUCCCAACAUUCACAGCCAGAGUCCUACAAGGUUUUUCUGUUCCUGCCCCCGUGCAUCAAUGUUUUGUUCCAACUAGAGCAAAUAGAUGAUAUUGUGAAGGUUGAUAUAGUCACUGAUAACUGGAAACUUUUACCAUUCAUUAAUUCUUACCUUGUGGAUAUGACGUCUAAAAACUAGCAGCCAGGCUUGCUGCAGAAAGGCUUACCUGACCUCCAGAAUAGUGCAGCACGGGUGACGAUUUUUGUUCUCUGCAAGCUAUCUUGUCUGGGAGAUACUUUCAAACAAGAUUCAACAUAUCUUCAAUUCUAUUUUGCUUAUUACAAAGGAAAAUGUUUAAAGUCUAUCACUAAAGAUAGCCUAUCAAAAUAUUGCUGGCAAUAUUAUUAUUCAGACCAGGAAUAUUUCUAUUUCUAAUCCUUGUGUGUUUGUCAAUCCCAACUCUAGUAAGGCUAGACACACUGUACAGAUGCCCCUCAUGUUGCAGUGCCUAACUGUUCAUGGUUUUACUUCACUGUCCCUGGAGGUUUGAGUUGUCGGGUGGUGACAGGAGUGGUCUUGGUAGUAAUUCCCAUGGAAAUUAACUACAAUGAAAUGAAGAAAUCACUUUCAGAAAAGGACUGAAAGAUAAUUAGCUGAAGUUCAUUGUGUGUUGGCAAUUAAUACUGAUCGGUGUAUGUGGCUUCUUGGCUCGCUUGAUUCCAUAUUGCAUUUAAAGGAACAAAAAUAAAUUAUUUUUAUACGUGGUUCAAUA